GAAAUUGGUUGCAGCCGCCAAACCAUUGUGUUCUUCAUUUGGACAACCUUAGGAGGCUGUAACUUGUGAGAAAUCGUUUGAUCACGUUCAAACGUUUAUAAAUUCCUCUCCCCGGGCUCUGUCCGGAUCCUCAGCUGGCGUCCCUCUUACAAGUAUAUCUCUCCUAGUCCACGAUAACUGCCUUGAACGAUGUCUGUCCCAACUCACAGUAUUCAUUCAAUCCACGGCACUUUCGCAGGCGUAUCCCCCUACACUACAUUCUCAUCGAACGCUGGCGUCGUAAUUGAAGGCUCUCCAAUGGAUAAAAUUCCUCCAGGCCUUGCCAGAGUUGCAUGGCGCUCAGCGCCCGUAUCACCCCCUAGCACCUCUCGUCGUCUCCCAUCCUUCCCUAUAGCUCGUCGUGUCCCACCACCACCACCACCUCGCGCUAUCGCACCACAGACUAUCCCCUUCCCCUCGGAAAACCCAUUUAAUGACUCAAAUGCAUGCGUCGCACCCAUACCACAGCGACCCAUUCCCCAGCGCACGCACCUCGCCUCACAAUCAUACACCGUCAGACUCCCCGGCUCAAACCCAAUUGACGUCCUCGUUCGUCAGCGAACUGCACAGCGAGCCGCACAGGAGCGCGAAACCCGAUGCAGGGUUGUCGCAGGUAUUUUGCUGAACAGGGUGCAUGCUGUGGGGAAGCCUAUGCGCCGGCUGCCUCCAAGUACGGAAGCGCCGAGAGCAUAUAAACGGAGCAGACUAUCAAUGACUACUACUGCGGAAGAUGUCUGUUGAGUGUUUGACUGGUCACCGGAAGAUAUUGAUUUGUGGGGCUGGAUUUUUAAACAUAUGUUUUAUGUGUUGUAUAACAAAAUUUUAAUGGACAACUGGGACUCGGGAAACAAUCUAUGACAAGAAUCAAUGCACGGCUGAACAUACUUGUUAGACUGAACUUGAACUUGAACUGAGCGCUGAGCACCGACCUUCGAG